UACUUAAGCUCCACAGCACCUGGAUGCUUUUAUGCUCACAGCUACUGAGCAAGAUGUUUCUAAGGGCUCUGGGUAGAGACCUGACUAAGGUGGCAUAGCAAAGACCACUGAACUGCUACUGGAACUGACAAUUCAAUAAUGAGUCUUUUCAGAUGGCUGCCUUGGCAUGAUUCAAGCCAGUGUUCUAUGAAGAAACCUUCUCAAGAGGACUGCCUGUGAGGUGCCUAUCUGCUCCUUUGAGCCUGUCUCAUCCUCCACAUUGACUUUAUUCUUGUAGGGCACCUCAAGAUGCUCCGAGCUCAAGCCGCUUGUUUACCAGCGCUCCGUUGAGCGCCGAGACACCAUCACAGCCUGGAAUAACGACGACGACGGCGAGGCAAGAAGCAAACAGCUCGUCGCACACGGCGGCAGCCAAUCAGCGGGCUGGUUUCUCUUCAGCAUCUCGGAGGGACUGAACCAUCGGACAGACUUGAGCUCAGGCAGCGGGGAGGAAAGAGACUUGAAGGCUGCGCGACGCGCAAUUAUGGUUUUGUGAAAUUCACACGGAGGUGGAGGAUUUCAUCAUCAGCACCAAGAGAAAACAAAAGUCAGCUAAUCCAGGCACCGCACAGAGGGAAAGAAAUUCCUGCACAAGCAUGGCAGACCAGAAAGACAACAUAGAUGACUUUAAAGUCCAGACAGCCAAGCAUCCUAACAUCGGCUCAGCCCCUUUACGGCCGCACAGUGAACAGUCCAGAGACCGAGCGUCCAAAAGGCUUUCAACUGAGUCUAACGGGACCAGUGAAGGAGGUGUGGGUUCAUCCACACCAGUGGAGGUGACAGCUUUGGAAGAGUCAUUUCGGCGCUUUGCCAUUCAUGGUGACACCCGCGCUACCGGCAAGGACAUGCACGGCAAGAACUGGUCCAAACUCUGCAAGGACUGCGGUGUGAUUGACGGCAAGAACAUCACCCUCACUGAUGUGGACAUCGUCUUCAGCAAAGUCAAGAAGAAAUCCUGUCGUACCAUCACAUUUGACGAGUUCAAGGUUGCACUCGGGGAGCUGGCCAGGAAGAAAUAUAAAGAAAAGACUGGAGAGGAGGCAGAGGCAGAGGUCUUCAAGCUGAUAGAAGGGAAGGCACCUAUAAUUGCAGGAGUCACGAGAGCUGUGGCUUCCCCGACAGUGAGCCGCCUCACGGACACCACCAAGUUUACGGGGUCGCACAAGGAGCGUUUUGAUGACACCGGCCGCGGGAAGGGUAAGGCGGGACGAGUAGACAUAGUCGACACUUCCGGAUACGUCUCGGGAUACAAACAUCAAGGGUCAUAUGAAAAGAAAGUCAAUAAACCCACCGUGGCCAAACCCAUGUGAGGGCGAAGAUGAGGAAAUAAACAUUUGAUCAACUACUAGGAUAAUUUUCUAUUUAAAAGAAAAGAAAAAAAGAGUACUCAAAGGAAGCACAAAAGAAUAGGAUUUCAUAUAUUUUUCCCGCCCAUCUAUUUUGUGUGUGUGUGUGAGAGAGAGAUAUGUUUUUGAGUUCCUCUCUUUGUCAAGUGUGAGAACUGGAAAAUUGUUUACAUCUAUUUUUACGAAGUCAUCACCAGCUGGUACAUUCCUGUCCGAUAGCAAGUUACUGCCAAACACUGAAGAGAACAAAUGAGAGAAACUUUGCUUUGCUAUGAAUACUGAAGCUUUGUUGUUAUGAUAGGGCCUUAUAAUAUUUAUUGAGCACAAUGAACAACAACAUGCCAAGAAAAACAAAAGUGGGGCAACGGUUUGAUGAAUUAACAACAUUGCACUUUUUAAUGGAAAUGUUUCUAUUCACAUAUUUAGCCGAAGAAAUGCAUUUUUAAUUUGUUUUGCGAGUUUCAAUGACAGUUGGCACACAUUUUCAACAUAGAUAUUAUCAGUGUUUAUUCCUUUUGGAAACUUCAGUUGUUAAUUCCAUCCUGUGUUAAUUGUUUGUCUACCAUCCCCACUUGUCAGCUGUUGUUAGGUCUUUAUAAAUCUGCUGUUCAUUUCUUAAUUUCAUAAGCUCACAUUGUCAUUUGAAUAAUUUGCCUUCAGCUCAAACCAAGAAAAAUAUAUUGAGAGUUUUGUCAACUUGUUUUAAAGUACUUCUUUUUUUUGCAAAAAUAGUCAGACUGAACUUUUUCUUUUUUUUUUUUUUUUACCUCUGCCAUGUCUGCUUAUUUCUGUGAAUAUGAAAAACAUAAAAAGCAAAUGUCCUGCCAUGCAAAUCUUUUACAUGGGCCUGCUUACAACAAUUACAUAGGACUCUCCUAUUUUACCUUAUACUGUCUUUAUUCAGAGCCAAUUGUUUCUAUAUACACAGACCAUUUUGCUAACAUGCAUUUCAAAUAUUUAAUUGGUGAAUUUAGCUGAAGGAAGCUCUAACUACAGUAGAUGAGCUCAGUUGUACAAGAUUGUAUUUUUAACAUUUGACUUAUAUUGUUACUUCCUCAUCAGAUUUCUAUACAGUAGUUCUAAUAUAUUUGUGGUAAGAUUGUGUAUAUUCUAAAAAGUUAUAGCCACAUGGCUUAAUUUAUGACACUGGCUUCAUAUGUUUUUUUUUUUAUUUCUCCUGUAUUGCUGUACUUUGUGCAUGUUCUGUAUAUUGCAUUUAAUUCAGAAGCAUAUAGACGACAGUGCAAGUUUGUCAUAUCUUAUCUGAACUGCUGUGCCUGCUGUGAGGACAGACUACUGGACAAACUUAAUUAUUUUCUUGCUAAAAAUAUAUUAAGUGAUGAAACUGUGGGAUCAUGAUAAAAUCGUGUUAUUGCUUGAAAUCAAUAUGUAUCAACUUGUACAAAGUCAGCUACCCUCUAAUGUUUUUAUAUUUGUCUAUUGAUAAAGAUUUAGAGUACCUGUUAUGUGGUACUGUCAUCCAAGGCACAAAUUCAACUACAAACAAAAGCAGGGUUUUACUGUUGUAUCCUGAUAUACAGUAUACUGAGAUAAAGGGAAAACUGCAAAUGAGUAAUAUACUUUUGUAGAAUAAUAUUUUUCCAACAUAGUGACAGUGUUUCUGCCACACUUGUCACACACUACCUGUAGCCUCAGCUGAUGAAGAAUCACGCAUUAAGAGCAAAACUAGCAGCUAUCAUUGUGUUAGUUUUUGUCUGCUGCAAUAGCUUGAAUAUGAUCUGUUUUCUGUGCUUAAUGCCAAAUAUUGUGCACCUUUAAUGUGGAGGAACGAUAUUGUCUUAUUUUAUUUUUUUCAAAUAACUUUUAAUGUACUAUUGUGCCCCAGUGCAUGCAGCGUGUUUCUGUUCUUGUUCUUUAGACUUCUUAAUGUGUGUUCAUGAUUUGUAGUGCUUUAUUGAAAAUAAAAAAUUAAAUUAAAAAAAAAAAUCACACCCGAGAACCUCUGUUGAGCAGGUUGCGUGGGUGCCAGUCAAAAUA